AUGGUGCUGACUAUUUCCUGGCUGGUCUGUAAACCCUGGAUGGUGCUGACUAUUUCCUGGCUGGUCUGUGAACCCUGGGUGGUGCUGACUAUUUCCUGGCUGGUCCGUGAACCCUGGGUGGUGGUGACUAUGGCCUGGCAGAUUUGUGAACCCUGGAUAAUUCUGGCUAUGGUCUGGCAGGUCUGUGAAACCUGGAUGAUGCUGACUAUGGCCUGGCAGGUCUGUGAACCCUGGAUGGUGCUGACUAUUUCCUGGCUGGUCUGUGAACCCUGGGUGGUGCUGACUAUUUCCUGGCUGGUCUAUAAACCCUGGAUGGUGCUCACUAUGGCCUGGCUGGUCUGUGAACACUGGAUGGUGCUGACUAUUUCCUGGCUGGUCUGUGAACCCCGGGUGGUGCUGACUAUGGCCUGGCAGAUUUGUGAACCCUGGAUAAUUCUGGCUAUGGCCUGGCUGGUCUUUGAACCCUGGGUGGUUUUGACUAUGGCCUGGCUGGUCUGUAAACCCUGGGUGGUUCUGACUAUUGCCUGGAGUGACCCUCACAUCACUCCACACAAACAGGACGGAGACAGGCUUCCAUGUGGAGCCGGUCUUCAGACACAGAACCCUAGACUCUUGGGUCAUGCCCCGGGUGCGGCCCCUGAUACCCCCCCCUCUCUCUGCUGCCAGACUGAGACCGUUCUAACCCCCCUCUCCCCUCUGCCUCCCCCCAGCCCCGGGAGAAGGCUCAGGGGGGAGACUGGCCUCACUGUGAUGAUGGAGAAGAGCCAUGCCUGA